UAUGAGCAUCGUGUCAUUAAUUUUUAGACACUUUAUACAUGCAGAAUAUCUGUUUAAAAUUCUCUUCAGAUAAGAUAAAUUUAUCUCAUUUUGAUGUCGUUUCAUCGAGUCUCUAGAUAUUUCGCGAAAUAUUCUCGAACGUUCGAGAAGAUUUUAGCCAGCAUAGCAACGCGCGGCAACCGGAGUUUUUCUAUAUAUCCGGCGUUAGUCAUAUUGUCAACACCGCUUAAUUCCGCGUGUUACUGUCCUUCGCAACCAAUUGUAUUAAUAACACGCGAGGUUCAAGUGCUGACUGGCGUUUUCCUCUGGCCGAUCUGGCAGAGACUGACAAGUGCGCGAACUAGCCGGGUCGAGAUCGAUUACAACGGCGUACGCGACUGUUACAUUCGACGAGUGUUAGGGCAAUAGUGCUUUCCAAUGUACACAUAAUAAGUGCGCAACAAUGUUCAACGAUAACGAUAUUCUUGUUCAAAGUGAUAGAAUAAAGUGACACAGCUCUCUUUACGACUUAUCUUGGCAAGCAAUGCAAUUGACCUGCGCGGUACUCAAUCUCAGGAGU